GUGACCUACGGGGGAAUUUCUCGUUGUUUCUUUUAGUUUUUCCUUCUGUGAGAAGAAUCCGAAUUAGGGUUUGUAGAGAUCUAAUUGUAGUAGAUACGCACGAAGAGAGAGAGAGAGAGAGAGAGAGAGAGAGAGAGAGAGAGAGAGAGGAGAGGGAGAUAGAGAGAUAGAGAUAGAGAGAUAGAGAGAUGGAGAGGGAGACAAGAGAAGAGAAGAUAAGAGAAGGAGAGGGAGUCAUAUCGGAUAAAUUGCUUCGUUACUACAAAAGGCUCGAGAAUCAGAUGCUGGAAUUAGGGAAAAAGCUUAUUGAUCCGCCUCGUUCAGACUUUGAACUAUUUUAUCUCCUCCUAUCUGUGUUUUAUUUUCUCUUAGUGUUCUUCUUCGGCUUAGUGCAAUGCUCUCUGUAUCUUUUUUUCUCUUAUUGUUGUACAUUCAUCUAGCUAUGCCAAUCUACGAACCUGCCUUUGGUUGAUUUCUCUCUUUCCAAUAGAUUCCUCUCGAUAAUCCUCUGUAUCUCUGUGUUGUUUAAGCAUAUGCAUCUGUAAAGGAUGGAUGGAGCUGUUAUUAAAUUCUCUGAUUUACAAAGGCUGCCUGAACUGUUCUACUCUUGCAAAAUUGAUUUUUGGGUUUUAUAUGUUAUUGAAUUGCCUUCAUCUGGCAACUAAAUGUUGUUCUUUGCAACUAUGUGCGAUCUCUGAUUUUUCAUUUCUAGUUUUUCUAGCGUGUUAUUUUUCGUUUCCGAUCUCUGAUCUUUGAUAGUUGACAUAGAACAGUUUAUCCCUUAGAUGGUAACAAGUCCUUAAGGGUAAGGAAUGGCAGAUGUUUUGAUAUUUUCUAGCAUACUUUCUUACAAUGUAUUAUGCAUAUAUGAUUUGCAGUUCUAACAUUGUAGGGACACCUUUGCUGUGAUAACUGUUUAAAGAAACUAGUCUAAAUCUGCGUUGAAGAAUGACAUUCAUUCGAUAAUGCCACUAUAUCCGAUUUUGUGUUAAUCAUUCUUUACAAUAUGUUGAUACAAUUUUUCAAAGGUUUUCUGGAUCUGGGCUGGUUUUCAUAAUUGCUGACACAUCUGUCUUCGGAUUCAAGUGUUUGGUGGGGAUGCUGUGAUUUUGGAAUUCAUGAGUUUGAUAUUCAUUUUUGGUAUUUUUCUGUAGGAUCUUUACUGCUGCCUGUCAGGUGUUCGUCAGAAACCUCUCGUGUCAACGCAUAAUGCACUCUCUCCAUUGACGAAAGCAUUAGUCGAUGAAAAACUCUUCAACCAUUCAGAUGCCGAUGUGAAAGUAGCACUCGCUGCCUGCAUCACUGAGAUUAUAAGAAUAAAUGUUCCAAAUCGUCCUUAUGAUGAUGAACAGAUGAAAGAAGUAUUUAAGUUGAUUGUAUCAUCAUUUGCAAAUUUGCGUUCUAAAUUCUCCAAUAAGAUGAAUACCUAUAUUGGUCGCUCCUAUAUCUUAAAUACCUACACCCUUGAAUUGGUGGCUAGGGUCAAAUUAUGCUGUGUGAUGUUGGAUCUUCAGUGUGAUGCACUUCUUUGUGAGAUGUUCAAGAUUUUCCUCAAGACUAUAGACGACCUUCAUCUAGGACACGUGUUUUACGCUAUGAUGAAGAUUAUGACCCUUGUUUUAGAAGAAAGCGAUGAUAUACCCCCAAAAAUGCUUUCACUAUUACUACACUAUGUUAGAAAGGAUAGUAAGGUUCCCCCAAGAUCACGGAGGCUAGCAGAAAAAGUUCUCUUUAUCUGUGCCCGCAAGCUCAAAACAGUUCUCACUGAAGCAGUGAAAUCGUCGGCUGUCCCUCUGGAUAAGUAUAGUAAGAUAGUGGCUUCUAUAUGUAAAUCUUCAGAUAUCAAAGAGAAGACAGAACCUGGAGCACUCUUGUACAGCAACAGCAAAGAUGUCUUAAGGUUGCCUCUUGAUGACUCAUCUGUUAACGCAGCCACUUCUUCAGAAAAUGAGGAGAAAACAAGUGUGCAGGCUUUACCAGCCACGGAUGGAACAAAAUGAACUUUGUUUUUACUUUUAUUGGUGGAGUAGAGUUGAAUAAUAUCUGAUCUUACAAGUAGCCAAGACUUGCUGCUAUUUUGAGCAUCUCAUCAAAAGGCUCAUCCGUUUUUUUAAAUUUCAGGGAAUAUCAUUUUCUUAUUUUUUAUGA